AUGAAAAAAUUAGGCAAGCAUGGAGGAAGGCUAAUUCUUAGAAAUCUUCCAUUUAGCCUGGAUGAAAAAGCACUCAGAGAAAUGCUUGAAAAGAUUGGAGAAAUAGUCGAUCUUAAACUUCCAUGGGAAGAAGCUAAAAAGCGAAAUAAAGGCUUUGCCUUUGUGGAAUUCGAGAAGAAAAAUAUAUCAGAAAAAGCUAUUAAGCUCCUUAACAACAAAAAAAUACAAAACAGACAAAUUUCUAUCGAUUAUUCUUUAAGCAAAGACAAAUAUAAUCAAGCUCUAAAACAAGAAGAAUUAAACAAAGAAUUCAAGCCACACAAAGAGCCUGAAGAAGAAAAAAAGGAAGAAGAAGCUCCCAAGCCUAAGCCAAACCGUUUAGACAAAGGAAAGUGUCUUUUUAUACAAAAUCUGAGCUUUGACACCGAAGAAGAAUCUCUCCAAGAGUUCUUCAGCCAAUUCGGCAAGCUGAAAUCCGCUAAUCUUGUAUUAGACAAAGACACAGGAGAAUCCAAAGGCACCGCCUUUGUGACUUAUAAAUCCCAAGAAGACGCCGAAAAAGCCCUAGCAAAAUCCAAAGAAGAGGAAGGCCUAGUCCUUGAUGACCGAAAGCUUAACAUAAUGAUCGCUGUUUCUAGAGAAGAGGCAGCCAAAAUAAAAUCCGCCAAGCCUGCUAAAGUUGAUAAAAGAAACCUCGCUUUAAGCAAAGAAGGAAUUAUUAUGCCAAACUCCGAAGAAUUUUCGACACUCACCAAAGAAGACAUUGAGAGAAGAACUCGUGCAGCCCAAACCAAAAAAGAAAAAUUAAUGAACCCAAAUAUUUUUGUAUCACAAACAAGGCUUGUUAUAAGAAAUUUGCCUAAAGCUGUCGAUGAAAAAAAGCUGAAAAAUGCUUUAAAACAAAUUUUGAUAAAAAAUAACCCAGAGCUAGAAAAUAAAAAAUUAUUUACACAGAUAAAAAUUAAAAGAGACAAAGACAAGUUGGACUCACAUGGGAAUGCGAUUUCUAGAGGGUUUGGGUUUGUAGAGUGCAAAGAGCAUGAAUAUGCAUUGACUUGUCUUAGAGGACUGAACAAUAAUGAUAAAAUUUUUGGAAAAGGAAAAAAGCCAAUUGUUGAAUUUGCCUUGGAAGAUCAUAGGAUGAUCAGGCUAAGAAAGCUGAAGCUUGCAAGGCAACAAAAAUUGAAAGAAGAGCUUAAAACAAAAUUAAAAACUGAAGAAAAAGAAGAAAAAUCGACAAAAAUGGGGAGGGGUAAGCGACAAAGAAUGAAAAGAAAAAUGAUGAAGGAAGCUCGAGAAACAGAAAAAAUUGAGGAAAAUGAAGUUUUUGUAGAGAAAGAAAAUAAAGUAUCAAAAUCUGAAGGCAAAAAGAAAAAAGAUGCUUCAUCUGAAAAACCUACAAAGAGAAAGAGGAAAGAUGAUUUUGAAAUUGAAAUGAUUGAAUUUGAAGAUUCUCCCAGCAAGAGAAGGGUGAAGAAAGAUAGUAAAAAGAGCGAAGAACUUAAGUUGGAAAAUCUAAUUUCAGAAUACAGAGCGAAGUUGUUCAAUGGAAUCGAAGAUGACUAA